GGGCAGGGUCAUUGACUUUGUGACUGGUGUAUAAAUGAAUCAGUCAGAUUCAGUUGUCUACAGAGCUUUUACCUACAUCAACAUCAACAGUGACCUUGUUUUUUUUAAGAUUGCAUGUUUGCAAGCAGAAUUGAGGGGAGUGGGGGUUUAUGCUAUCGCCUCCUACUCCUCAGAAGGCAGCCCACCCUCCGGCCUCUCUUUCUCCGCCUCCUCUUCACGCAGAUCACUGGGGUCGGGGCCUGUUCCUGAGGGAGCCGUAUAUCAUGAAAGAAAAAAAGGAUCCUGCUAGUCCGUGGAUGAUGAGAUCGACCACGAUGUUCCUCUUGUUGACUCUCCUGGGACUGGCAUGCUCUAUUGGCCCUACAGUCCCAAGAAAUCUUGCCUUGCGUGGAAAAGCUACACAGUCAGACCUCAUCGAGAACCCAUGGCACGGUUACAGUCAUGCCUCCAAUGCCAUUGAUGGGAACCGCGAUUCACAUUUCCAUCAUGGGUCCUGCACUGCCACUGACGAAUCCACUAACCCCUGGUGGAGAGUGGACCUGCUUGAUACCUACAUAGUCACCUCCAUCACCGUCACCAACAGAGGGGAUGCUGUUCCUGAGAGGCUAAACGGGGCUGAGAUACGAAUAGGAAAUUCUUUAGUGGACAAUGGCAUUCAUAACCCUCUGGUUAAAACAAUUCCCUCUGUUCCAGCUGGCAGUUCUCUCACCCUGGCUUUUGACCCAAGUUUCGAAGGACGUUAUGUGAUUGUGGUUCUACCAGGCCAGAAUAGACUUCUGACACUCUGUGAAGUGGAGGUUUACGGAUACCUUGCCCCAACUGGAGAUAAUGUGGCUCUAUAUGGAAAGGCCACCCAGUCGUCUUUGUAUGAGUUUGGCAUUCCAGGCAAUGCUAUUGACGGGAAUCGCAACGCUAUUUUGAUAGGAGGGUCCUGCACCCACACUCUAGAGGACAUCAACGCCUGGUGGAGGGUGGACCUUCUGACGACCUACAAAGUGUUCUCCAUCAUCAUCACCAACACAGUCGACGGUGAUCCCAGCAGACUCAAUGGAGCUGAGAUUCGCAUUGGAGAUUCCCUGAAAGACAACGGCAUCAAUAAUCCUAGGUGUGCUGUGAUCUCCUCUAUCCCAGCUGGCAAUUCAAGCACCUUCCAGUGUCCGGGCAUGGAGGGUCGAUAUGUCCUCGUGGUCAUUCCAGGGAGGAAGGAGUACCUGACCUUGUGUGAGGUGGAGGUGUACGGAUCACCCCUGGAUGGGAUUGGGCCUACAUGUAACUAAAUCAGAUCAUUAACUCUUAACAGCACCCUGCAAUGUUUGGGGAAUGUAUUGUCUUACGAAAACCAAUUCAACUUUUUAGUAUACUAUCACUAUUCUGUAAGUUCGUCUUGCACACUGUUUUUGGAUGUUUGGGUAUAAAUUGACGAACAAUUUUUGUAAGACUUUUUAAGAACAACUUUCAUGAAUUAUUAUGUAGCCUAAUUAUUGGUUAGACAGUUAUCAUUCAUACCAUGAAAUGCAUGUAAUGCUGUAAAGUAAUGCUAUUAUGUUAGAAUGAAUGGUCCCGCUUUAAAUGACGUUCAGAUUAUAAAGGCUUCAUAAAGCCUUAAUAAUGCCUUCAUGAGCAGUACAUAAAUGUUUACAAAUCAUCUAUAACCAUAUGUCAUGCUUUAUAAAGGGUUCAUAAAUGCAGUAUAACUGUGUGACAUAAUCAUCUAUAUCCAAUGUGAUAUAACCCACUAAGUCAAAUAUGAUAUCAACAUGUGCUUUAAAGGGUGACGUGCUGAAGGAUGGAAAAAGCUCUAAAGGGAUGUCAUAUUAGUCACAUUACACCUAAUCUCGUUCCCAGACACUUCUGCCCAAAUGCUCAGGUCUGAUGGACCAAUGCAUCAAACUUGGCCUUCAUUAGUCAGGGUUAGGUUUCAAAUCAAAUUUUAACAAGAUAAAGUGUGGAAAUGGGCAGGGUUUAGCCAAAAUUAUGACUUUUUGACUUUUUUUGUUGUCAAGUAGUGACGAUGACAAAUACUUUACUCAGUAAGGUCACUGCUAUAGAAUUCUAUAGUCACUCCCACUAUGCCCAAUUUUGAAUGGUUGAUAUCCCAGGCUUCAAUGUGCUGUGUGAGCAAUAGCCUGAAAACAACAUUACACCAAGAAACACUUACCUUGAUGAAAGUCCCCAAUCUAAAGAAAUCGAAAGUGUCUUUCUUCUGGAACCAAGUUACAUGUUCCUCAGUACACAAACAUGAAAACAACAAAAACGAGCCAUACCACACAGUGCUGGGCCCUGUCAAGUCUUUGACACAUUCACCCAUUUCCCCGCUGAAAGAUCAGCCACAAAAUGUGGCCACCGUUGUAACAGGUUGUAAUCAAGCCCUGGUCCCCAGCAUGGGAACAGAAGAGGAAUAUCUGGUGCGGUAGUCUCAGGUUGGACUACUCCAAAUCAUCUUGGUUCUGACACAUAAACGCAAGCUUUGCAGGUCCAUCAACCCAUUUAAUACCUCUCACACCCUACUGUAACCUGUGGAUCAUGAGAGAAACUUAAUAAAUCAGCAGAACGUUAAUCACCCACUUAACUACUACCAACACAUUUAAAUCACAAUAAAUAAAGGUUAACUUACUUGUUUUGGGAUUUGAGAACUCAUCACAUCAUCUGCGUCUCAUCAGUAACACUAAAAAAGUACUUCCGUGAAUUUUGGAAAUGUUACAAAUAAAGUCCCCCACGUAAUAGCAGAAAAGUCACAAAAAACCAUUCAUGAUAUAUGAAAAAUAAUUGUUUAAACAUUAAACAUAGAUUUUUAAGUGACAUAUGCAUUAAAUUUGGGUUUUAAAACAUGUUCCAAGGUCAAAUAAAUGCUCCCAAUGCAAAUCACCAUAUAUAGAAUAGAUAUUGGCUUAGAGCAAUAACUAUUCUGGGUGCAGCAGUACAAGUAUUGCAGGGAAUACUCAAUAGGGUCUGGAGAAUGAAUGUACAGUGGGGAGAACAAGUAUUUGAUACACUGCCGAUUUUGCAGGUUUUCCUACUUACAAAGCAUGUAGAGGUCUGUAGGUACACUUCAACUGUGAGAGAUGGAAUCUAAAAUAAAAAUCCAGAAAAUCACAUUGUAUGAUUUUUAAGUAAUUAAUUUGCAUCUUAUUGCAUGACAUGAGUAUUUGAUACAUCAGAAAACUGUAUAUAUGGUGUCAUUUCAUGGGGCUCAAAAUAAUACGGAAUGUGGCCGGCCUUUUACUCCACCCUUUCCAUUGGCGGCCAGAUCACAUCAUGUGUGCUUACUGCACUACAGAAAACCUGCUAAGAAAACAACAGUGCAGAGCAUGCUCACUGAAUUAAAGAGCAACUACACUUACAAAUAUACGUUUCUUAGAUUUUUCACAGACCUCAAAAGUCUGAUGUGGUUUAAGAAUUGUUGUGAACACAGAAAAUUAAAUGUUGUUUUUCUAUUAAGAAAGUGUGAAAAAAAACACUGGGGGGAAACCAGAAAGAAUGGGGAAAAUCUGAAACCCGGAAAAACUAAACCAAGAAAACGGAAUUUGGUGGGAGAAAAGAAGUAGGCAACUACAACAAACAGACUAACGAUUGUAAAAGGCCCUUUUCAAGGUUUUUUGCUUUGCAUGACUGCACUUUAGAGUCUGUGUUCUCCUGCAGCACAGCAUGUUGGGGGAAGCUGAAGUCAAGUCCAAUAUUGACUAUGCACCCAAGAGGGAAAGAGGAUGGGCCAAUCUAGAAAUGUUUUAGUGAAAUAUAAUAUAUAACAUUUUGCAGACACUUUUAUCCAAAGCGACUUACAGUCAUACGUGAAUACAUUUUUACGUAUUAUAGGGUGUUGAAUCGAAUCGAACCCAAUAUCCAGCCGUUGCAAUGCUCUACCAAGAUGUAUGACAGGGUUAUAAAUGCUUUGUGAAGCCACAAUUGAAUAUGAUUUAUAAGCUCUUUAUUGAGCGGUGCUCAUGCCACCCUUUAUAAAGCACAGGUUUGUAUCAUUUUCGACAUAGUGGGUUUUGUCCCCUUAGACAUUGGUGGUUAUGGCGAACAGUUAUGCCACAGUUAUGAACCCUUUAUAAAGCAUGGCAUACUGUUAUAGAUGAUGUGUAACACAUUUCUGUAGUGUUUAUGAAGGUUUUAGGAAGCCUUUAUAAGCUGCACGUCAUUUCAAGUGGGACCAAAUUCAUGAAUAAACUUAAUUAAUAAAUCUGGAAUGUUUCCAUUGUG